AUGAAGAGCGAGUCUUAUCUUACUUUGAUAAUCCCUUUGGGUUCCCUGCUUGUGCAUCUCCUCCUCCGUCUCUCCCCUCCCUCUCCUCCUCCGUCUCUCCCCUCCCUCUCCUCCUCCGUCUCUCCCCUCCCUCUCCUCCUCCGUCUCUCCCCUCCCUCUCCUCCUCCGUCUCUCCCCUCCCUCUCCUCCUCUUUCCCAGUGGACGUGCUAGCAUUGAUCCGGGACUCCCAUCUCACUAAGUUGCUCUCUCUCUCUCUGCCUUUCGUCCCCCCUAUGGGUACGUUGCAUGUACAUCACUCCCCCCCUUUCCUUUCUUCCCUUCCCCCCUCUCUUACCCUGUCACUUUCCCUCCCCAUCUCCCCUUCCCUCCCCCCUAGUGGACGUGCUAGCAUGGAUCCGGGACUCCCAUCUCACGCUGCUCAUCGCACUCAUCUAUGCGCUCAUGUUCCAACGUCUCCCAUCCCCUUCCCGCUCCGCCUCCUCCUCCCCUUUCUCCUUCCCUCCACAUACCCCUCCGCCUGCCCUUUCCCCCGUCCUUCCUCAUCUCCCAUCCCCCCAGCUCUACUCCUCCCGCUCCUACCGCAAGGCCCAUGUCCUUCCCCAUCACCCAUCCCCCUCCCGUUCCGCCUUCCCCUCCCCCUCCCUCCCCUUUCCUUCCCUUACCAACAGCUCUACUCCUCCCGAGCCUAUCGCAAGGCCCUCGUCCCAACGUCCCUCAAGCCCAGGCCCUCGUCCCAACGUCCCUCAAGCCCAGGCCCUCGUCCCAACGUCCCUCAAGCCCAGGCCCUCGUCCCAACGUCCCUCAAGCCCAGCACCGCCUUCGCCCUCCUGCAACUGGCGGACAUCCGCCCAGGCGACAUCGUGCUCGACCCCAUGUGUGGCUGUGGGACUCUCCCUCUGGAGGCUGCUGAUUGGUUGAAAAGUUGCGUCAGUGCAUUUGGGGGGGAUAAAGAUGCAGGGGCUGUAGAUGCUGCUGCAACCAAUAGCAUCGCUUGGAGAACCGCUUUAGCCAAUAGCAAAGCCUUGGGAAUUGCUGCGGCGAACAGGAGCGCCUUGAGAAUCUCUGCGGCCAAUCAGGGCAAAGAGGAAGCCGCUGUAGCGAAUGGGGAUGCAGCAAGGAGGAGCCAAAAGGGCCACGUGGCAGGCUGUGAUUGGCUGGUCUGGGAUGCCUCUGCCCUGCCUCUGCGAACCGGCUGUGUGGAUCGGGUGCUCUGUGACAUGCCCUUCGGGGUGCGGUGUGGUGAGUGGUUCGAAGUGGUGAAGAGUGGUGACAAGCGGAAACUUCAAGAUGAGAGAGCGGCUGUGCCCCGCAGUGAUCCGGCAGGUUGCACGUGUACUGACCCCAGGCACUGGACUGGCAGUGCUGAUGGCGGUGGGGAGGGGCGACUGGCAGUGCUGAUGGCGGUGGGGAGGGGUGUGAGGGCAGCUGUUGAAGGCCUGUCUGUGUGUCUGCGGGAGAAGCAACGACUGGCUGUGGAAAUGGAGGUGAGGGGGGUGGGGAGGGGUUGA